UCCGGGUCCCUCCCAGACGGGAGCAGCACAGGCGGUGCCUCGCGACCGAGGAGCCAUGGACGGCAGCGGCCCCUUCAGCUGCCCCAUCUGCCUGGAGUCGCUCCGGGAGCCAGUGACGCUGCCCUGCGGCCACAACUUCUGCCUCGCCUGCCUGGGCGCGCUUUGGCCGCACCGCGGCGCGGGUGGCGCCGGCGGGCCAGGAGGCACGGCCCGCUGCCCGCUGUGCCAGGAGCCCUUCCCCGACGGCCUGCAGCUCCGCAAGAACCACACGCUGUCUGAGUUGCUGCAGCUCCGCCAGGGCUCCGGCCCGGGGCCCGGCCCCGGCCCGGCCCGGGCCCCCGACCCGGUGGCGCCCAGUGCGCCGCCCAGUGUGGCGCCCAGUGCGCCGCCCAGCGCCCCGGAGCCGUCGGCUCCCUGUGCGCCGGAGCCGUGGCCGGCGGGCGAAGAGCCGGUGCGCUGCGACGCGUGCCCCGAGGGCGCCGCCCUACCCGCCGCGCUCUCCUGCCUCUCCUGCUUCGCCUCCUUCUGCCCCGCGCACCUAGGCCCGCACGAGCGCAGCCCCGCGCUGCGCGGACACCGCCUGGUGCCGCCGCUGCGCCGGCUGGAGGAGAGCCUGUGCCCGCGCCACCUGCGGCCGCUCGAGCGCUACUGCCGCGCGGAGCGAGUGUGCCUGUGUGAGGCCUGUGCCGCCCAGGAGCACCGGGGCCACGAACUCGUGUCGCUGGAGCAGGAGCGCGCGCUCCAGGAGGCCGAGCAGCCCAAAGUCCUGAGCGCUGUGGAGGACCGCAUGGACGAGCUGGGCGCGGGCAUCGCACAGUCCCGGCGCACGGUGGCCCUCAUCAAGAGUGCAGCCGUGGCAGAGCGGGAAAGGGUGAGCCGGCUGUUUGCCGAGGCUGCAGCCGUCCUGCAGGGGUUUCAGGCAGAGGUGCUGUCCUUCAUCGACGAGGGGGAGGCGACCAUGCUGGGCCGCUCCCAGGGCGACCUGCGGCGGCAGGAGGGACAGCGCAGCCGGCUCAGCCGGGCCCGCCGCAACCUCGGUCAGGUCCCUGAAGCCGACUCGGUCAGCUUCCUGCAGGAGCUCCUGGAGCUCAGGCUGGCCCUGGAGGAGGGGUGCGGCCCUGGGCCCGGGCCCCCAAGGGAGCUCAGCUUCACCAAGUCAUCCCAGGCCGUGCAGGUGGUACGAGAUGGCCUGGCUUCAGCCUGCACCAGCCAGUGGGAGCAGCUGCAGGGGCUGGGCAGCGACGAGGAUGGGCUGCAGAAGCCAGGCACGGAAGCAGAUGCUGAGUCCCAGGACCCCGAAAGCGCCAACAGCCUGGAGAGUGAGGCUCCCAGGGAUUACUUCCUCAAGUUUGCGUACAUCGUGGACCUGGACAGCGACACGGCAGACAAGUUCCUGCAGCUGUUUGGAACCAAGGGUGUGAAGAGGGUGCUGUGUCCCAUCAACUACCCCGAGUCGCCCACCCGCUUCACCCACUGCGAGCAGGUGCUGGGCGAGGGCGCCCUGGACCGGGGCACCUACUACUGGGAGGUGGAGAUCAUUGAGGGCUGGGUCAGCGUGGGAGUCAUGGCUGAAGACUUCUCCCCGCAAGAGCCCUACGACCGGGGCCGGCUUGGACGCAAUGCUCACUCCUGCUGCCUGCAGUGGAACGGACGCAGCUUCUCCGUCUGGUUCCACGGGCUGGAGUUGCUCCUGCCCCACCCCUUCUCGCCCACCGUCGGGAUCUGCCUGGAAUAUGCUGACCGAACCCUGGCCUUCUAUGCCGUGCGGGAUGGCAAGAUGAGCCUUCUGCGGAGGCUGAAGACCUCCCGGGCCCGCCGCAGUGGCACCCCAGCCUCCCCGGUUGACCCCUUCCAGAGCCGCCUGGACAGCCACUUUGCGGGGCUCUUCACACACAGGCUCAAGCCCGCCUUCUUCCUGGAGAGCGUGGAUGCCCAUCUGCAGAUCGGGCCCCUCAAGAAGUCCUGCAUAUCCGUGCUGAAGAGGAGGUGAUGCAGGGGGCACGGGGCCUCCUCCCGCUGCAGUCGCAGCUCCUGGGAAGCUUGCUUCUCUGCACCCCUGCUUUGCCCCAGGGAAGACACCAGCCUUGGAGUCCCACACAUUCCCCAGGCUUCUCAUUUCUAGAGGCCUCCACCUUCCAUAUACAAGGCCUUCCACCUCUCAGGGAGGAGGCUCCCCAGACCCUGUCCCCCUGCAGGCCUUGUUUCUGGGAGAAGGGUUACCCUGACCCCUCCUCUCCCAGGUUCUUGGGACAGUGCCUGGGACAUAGUAGGUGCUCAAUAAACAAUUGUCGAAUGAAUGAC